CAGACUGGGAGCAAAAAAUACAAGAAAAGUAUGAACAGUUAGAACAAAAGUUGAUGAAGAAAACAGAUGAGAUGGAAAAAAAAUUGUCUAGAAAUAUUAUAUCUCAAUUCACGACCGAAGAUCUGAUAAAGGAACUCGAAAGAAGGAUGGGAAUCACUUCAGACUCUUUAGGUGAGGAUGACAAAAAGAGAUUAGUAUUCAUAGGUCCUCCUGGUAGUGGAAAAGGAACUCAAGCACCUAAAGUAACUCAAAAGUAUUGUCUUUGUCACUUAGCAACAGGAGAUAUGUUGAGAGCUGCAGUAGCUGCAGGAACCGAAUUAGGAAAAGAAGCAAAGAAAGUGAUGGAUUCUGGAGGUUUAGUAUCCGAUGAAAUUGUUGUUUCACUUAUCAAAGAAAAGAUUCAUUCAGAUGAGUGUAAGAACGGAUUUCUAUUGGAUGGAUUUCCAAGAACACUUCCUCAAGCAGAAAAGUUGGACCACAUGUUAAAAGAAGAACAAAAUGCAUCGCUCACAAAAGUUCUUGAUUUUGAAGUGAGUGAUGAUCUUUUGGUAAAGAGAAUCACUGGGCGUCUAUUUCAUCCAGCAAGUGGUCGUUCUUAUCAUGAAGUAUUCAAUCCUCCUAAGAAGCCCAUGACUGAUGAUAUAACAGGAGAGCCUCUUAUUAGGCGUUCUGAUGAUAAUGCAGAAACUUUAAAGAAGAGACUGGAAGCAUUUCAUAAAAGUACCGAUCCUGUUAUUCAUUAUUAUGAAAAGAAAGGAGUAUUAUUCCGAAUAGAUGCAUCAAAAGAUAUCAAUCAAGUAGAACAACAAGUAGAGCAAGCCAUUGAAGAAAAGCAAAAAGCUACCACUGCUAUGUGAAAAAUAGUGUUUGGACUUUGUGAUAUUUUAAAGAGCAAUCGUUAUUUGUCUUCAAAAUGCCAAUCUUCUAAUAUUCUUAUUAUGAGGGUGCUUUGUAUUUCUCUUUUUUGAAAGAAUACCAUUUCCUCUGCUUCUUCUUAUUCUUCUUCUGGUCUUCUUAUAUUUUGACUCGUUGGCCCGAACGUAAUCAACUUCCAUCAUACCUUGUGAAGAAACUUUCUCUGUUCGUUUAGUUACGUCUUGAUAAAAGUAACCAUUUGCUUGCAGCCUUUGAUUGCUUUCUUCUUUCUCUUCUUGUAUCAAGGUUUCGGGGUCCUUUUGAAUAUAUUGGCCAUCGACUAGUUGAUGAACGGCAAACUUCUUCGGUCUAUUAGGCGUAGGUACAUAAGUAGUUAUG